GACAGCCACUUCUGCUUUUGUUUCUCAGUUGUUUUCCUACGCCCUCUACAACUUCCUCCUUUCCAGCCAAGCAAGCUGAUGUGGAUUUCCCCUUUCUCUCAUUUUAAUGUCUUCAAACUGGUUGAAAAAACAUCCUUUGAGAAGUAGAUCCAUGGUGAAGCAACUGAAACCUGAUUCUCUCAGGCAGGGUGAGGAGCUACAGCAGCCACAGGCACCAGCAUCCCCCAUGCUGCCCUACCGGAGACCCAAGUUUCUGCAUGGAGUGCAGUCUGUGAAAGAGCCUGGCAAGCGGCCUAUUUACUGCCCAGCCCGGGACAGGCUGCUGCCGUGGAAGACGGGCUAUGCAGAAGUCAUCAACGUGGAGAAAUCAGAGUUCAAUGAGGAUCAGGCAACAUGCUGUAAGAUAUCCAUGAGGAGGAGAGAGACUAGCUUGGAGGAGAAUCAAGAAUGGUUGAGUCUUUGCUCCAAUCAGUAUCUGACUGGUUAUUACUGGGCAAUAUUUGAUGGCCACGGUGGCCCAGAAGCAGCGAUAAUUGCCUCCAACUACUUGCACUACUGCAUCAAGCAGAAGCUGGAGGAAGUGGUAGAAGGGAUCAUAAAACCUCAUCCCCCCAUGCAUCUAAAGGGCUGCUGCAUUUGCAACAGUGACCCACUGUUUGUGGAGGAAAAGCAAAUCUGCCAGGAAGAUGUGAUCAUUGGAGCACUAGAGAAUGCCUUUCAGGAAUGUGAUGAAAUGAUUUGUCAGGAGAUGAAAGCUACAAACCAGGCAGGUGGCUGCACUGCUCUGGCUGUCCUCUACCUCCAAGGAAAGCUCUUUGUGGCCAAUGCUGGGGACAGCAGGGCAGUUGUUGUUCAGAAACACAGCAUAAUGGCUCUGAGCAGUGAAUUCACUCCUGAGACAGAGAGGCAGAGAAUCCAACACCUGGCUUUUCUCAACCCAAAGCUCUUGGCAGAUGAGUUCACACGAUUUGAAUUUCCAAGGAGAUUGAAAAGAGGUGAUGUGGGACAUAAAGUCCUUUACCGGGAUUAUUUCAUGGCAGGCUGGGGAUACAAGACAGUGGAAAAAGAUGACCUCAAGUACCCUCUCAUCCAUGGUCAUGGGAAGCAGACUCAUUUGCUGGGGACUUUGGCUGUCUCUCGAGGACUGGGAGAUCACCAGCUGAAAGUUACUGACACCAAUGUUAAAGUCAAGCCAUUUCUUUCCUGCAUCCCUAAGGUGAAUGUGCUUGAUUUUGCUGUACAUGAUGUUGAGGAAGACGAUGUCCUUGUCCUGGCAACUGAUGGCCUUUGGGAGAUUCUAUCUAAUGAAGAGGUUGCUCAGAUUGUCAGGAGCUUUCUUGAAGACAACAAAAUGGACCUAUACAGGUUUUCUGAACUGGCUAAGUGCCUGGUACAAAAAGCAAGGGGGAUGAGAAAUGGGCACCAGUGGACUCUGGAAAACAAUAAUCCAGCAUCCUAUGAUGAUAUCUCCGUGUUCGUGAUCCCACUUAAUAACAGGGACAGGGAGUCUUAGCAUUGUAGAAAGGCUACAAGACUCAUGCAUGAUGAUGUUUGACUGGAAAGCAGAACCAAAAAGACAGGUGUUCUCAGAUUACCAUUAUGUGCACACACUUUUCUAGUAACACAAUGAAUUCCUUUUGUAACCUGAUAUUGUAGUUAGGUAUCGAAACAGCACUGGAUCUCAAUAAGCAGAACAGGUUUGAUGGGAAAUGAUUUUUUUCUUUCAACCGACCUCAAAAGAAAAACUAAACAAUGGCUAACUACCAUUUUUAGCAACUACUUUAAAUCUACUCACUCCUGUCUGAUUCCACAAGAGCUGAUGAGCUAGAGAGGUAUUACUGGACAUUCAAGAAAAACAUAAGGAACUAUUCCACUUGUCAAUAUCAAAGUCUUCGAUGUAUGAUUUAAUGUACAGAAUAGAGAAUUAGGUCUAGGUUGGAGAAUGAUCACCAUUGGACACAGUGAUAGUUACUGAUGUAUGCUCAAAGAUACUUUUAGAUUUAUGUAAAUCACAUAAAACUGAAAGCCACAUAGGAAUGGUAUACUGAACUGCCAGUUCCUUGCCAAUAAGUAUAAUUUCACCCCACUGAGAGAAGCCUCGACUCUCUAGGGGACUGUCUUUUGUUUUUGAGUUUAUUUGGACAGCUUCUUUGUAGUUUCUUUUAAACUCAGAUCUGAACGGUUCUCAACAAUGCACUAGGCAAAUGUAAGAAAGGAGCUUCCAGAGGCCUCAGCUUUGUAUCUCUUUAAGCAGAAUAACGUUCAUUCAAAUCUUUCUGGUAUAUCAAACACCUAGAUAUCAGAGACAUUUCCUUUUAUGGUUUAAAAUAGCAAGAAUUUGGAGAUUUGAUGUUGGUAUAAGGCUCAUCCCUAUAGAGCAGAAUUUUUGAGAGACACGAAAGCAGCUGCUCCCUGAAGAUUUAUGAGCAAGCUAUCAUAUUUCAACACUUUGAUAGCAAAAAGUCUCUGUGCACCUCACAUAUAUUUGCUUUAACUCAGGAUUAAAGAUUUACUGGAGAAAGAGGGGCUGCUGUUAGGGAGGACUAAGUACAGGAACCAUGUAUACUUAAUAUAUCAAAGAGCAAAAGCAACUAUGCAAAGCACACCUGUUUUACAGGCUUGCCCCUAGAAUCAAUGUAAUUUUAGAACAGAAAAAUGCUGUGCCAGUGUAUGGCAGGCUUGUCUAACAUAUGGCCCAUGAGACACCGUGCAGCCCACCAAGGCAUUUUCUGUGGCCCAUGGUGCUGUGAUGGGAAAUGCCCCUUGUCCCUCCCCCAGCCCCUCAGCAGCUUCCUAAUGGCUGCUGAAGGGCUAGGGAAGGGACAAGGUUCCCACACGCACCGUGUCAGCUUGACAUUGCCGACGCGGUGCGCGUGGGAAGAGGAGUGCAGACCCGGCCUGCCUCUUGCCGUCCUCAGCACCACAUGGGGAAGCCACCACUUCCCGGCCUGAGCGACUCGCCACUCCCCGCCUGCAGGUGAGAGGCAGCCCAGCUUGGCCGCCCGACCCCGAGUCACUGGUGGAGGCAGAGCGGUGCAGGCAGGUGCCUCCUCCCGCCAGGCUGUCAGCAUUGGUCGCACCGCGCGGGGCGGCCCCGGGCUCAGGCAGAGCCUGUGCUUGCUGCGCCCCGAGAUGCCGCCUGGCCCCAGCCCCCUCCAGCCCGGUGUGGUGAUGCAGACCCGCGGAGGCAGUGCAGCAGCCGGGCUCGCCCUCGUUGUCUGCCUCUGCCGCCUCCUGCCCAACUGGGGGCGCGGCCGGUAGGGACGGGACAGGGUCGGAAGACAGCGCUUCCCCUGGGGCUGGGCCGGUGACGGUGGGCUCCCGGCACUUGUGUGUGUUGGGGGGUCCCUGCCUUUCACAGGGGAGGGAGGCUCAGGGCAAGGGCUGUGCCCUGUGUUGCUCUGCUCUGCCUCAAAUAAUUGCCCACCCCGGUCUAGAUCAGCAGUUCUCAACCUUUCUUGUACCAUGACCCAUUUGUAAACAUAGAUGGUCAGUCCCAACCCAGUGUCCCUCACUGCUCCUACCUCCAAACCCCAGUGUGGGGGGUAUGGGGGACCCCCCCCCCCCCAAGUAGCCCCUUGCAGGCUGGAACUCUGCCAGCCCACAAGAGAAAAGCCACAGUUAUGUUUUUCUCCUUUAAAGGAGAACCCAUUUUUAAACUUUGCUCGUGACCCUUUCAUAUAUUCUUGAGACCUACUUUUGGGUCGCGACCCAUGUUUUGAGAAACGCUGGCCUAGAUCAUGCCCAACCAGUGCUGUCCAACAUCUUUUUGAACACCUUUGAUGAUGGAGAGUCCACAACUUCCCUAGGCAGUCUGUUCCACUCCUUUGCUGUUCUAACCUCUGUGAACUGAGGGCUGGUACUGGAAAUACAGCGAGGUUUUCAGUCUCUGUUCUGUGUCUUGUCAGUUAACACAUGGACAAAACGAAAUGGGGAAGAGGUUCUCUCUUUAAUUUUUACCUCCUCCCAUUGGCAAGAAGCUGUUGGAAAUUUCUUCCCAAGGUCUUGUUUGACUGGUGGCAGGAUGCCUGCUGCCUCAUGUGGUCCAGGUCAGGUACUGUUUUUAUUGUUUUUAUUUUGGAUUUUAAAUCACAUUUCCAGACCCAUUUCCUUGUCAGUUCCUGCAACUUCAUUGCCGUCAAAGGUCAUGUGACAUCACUUCCUGAUGUGAUACCACUUCCUGUGAGGUCUUUGAAUAUGGCUCGCCGGCCCACUGGGUGAUAAAAAGUUUGUGAUCUGGCCCUGCAUUCAAAAAGGUUGGACACCCCUGGUGUAUGGACAGGCAUUCAUUUGCACUGCUACAAAGUUUUCAAGCCUAAGCCAGAACACCAGGCAAGGAGCAGCCCCAUGGCUAACAGCUGGAGCUCUACUAAUCAUCCAGCUGAGGUAGCUCCUGUUUAGGCCCCAGCUGAUUGGCUGGACUGGGCAGAAAGUAGCAGUGCUGGACACCCAGCUAGCUUGCUACUGGGUGGGCUAUCAGGGAGCCAACUGCUCCCCCUCCCUCUGUCUUAGACAGGAAGCUAGAGGGAAGUAGAGGACUGUGGGAUACUGGGAGUCCAAGGGAUCCCUAUCACACUAUGUGUAACUGUUAAAGUGUUACGUAUGGCACUAGAAAACUUUGCUGUCUGGAAAAGCUGGUGUUAGAAAGAGUUAACAUUUCAUGGAGGAGUUGCUAUGUUCCUCCCCGCCACCAUCACAAACAGCUUGAACACCUGAUUUUAGCACUACAAAAAGCGAGCAAAGGCCCAUUUAUCGCUAGAAAUGUAACACUUGCCCAUGGCUUCAGUAAAGAACUCCCUUAUUGUCUGGUACCACAUGUAAAGUAAACUGUACAGAAACUUAUUGUAUAAAGACUGUUGCAUUUAGUUAUUUAAGCAAAUUUGUAUAUUUGGCAAUGUGAUGCACCGUAUUUUAAUAAACACUAUGUCAGUCCAUAAUCCUGGCAGAUAACCAGGAAUCCUGGUUUUCUCUGUUUAAAAAUUGAAAAUUCUGAUUAAAAAACACAAAAUCCAUGAUUAAAAUGAAACACCACUAUCUAUCUAUCUACACGCACACACACACACACACACACACAUUUGGAAGCCUACCAGUGUCUCAAUCACUAUAAUAAAAUAAAUUAUAAAUACUUA